AUGCUCAUCUUAACAUUGACUACUGUCGCCGCCUGCGUGGGGUUCUACAUCAUAUGUCGUUCUUUUGGUCUUCCUCACGAUGCUAAUGAAACCCGACUCAUUCCCUCGAGCUUUCCUAUUGUCGGUCAUGUCAUUGGCAUGAUUCGACAUGGCUCUGGCUACUAUGACAUGAUCAGCAAGAUCUAUCUGGUCAACACGCCGAGUCUUAUUGCAUCUGUGGAUUGUCACUCAGAUACGAUCUCAUUUGCACCAUACGUGGUCCAAUUUACCAAGAGAAUCCUUGAGCCAAGUCGACAUGCUCUAGAUCCUCUCGCCAACGAUCUGCUGGAAUCCAACGGUCCUAUGGAACUCCGACGGGAAACACUGAAGGUCAUACAUGAUACCCUUGCUCCUGGCAAGCACCUCCGAGCAAUGACGCAAGCGAUGCUAGCUGCAGUAGUCAGCCACACCAAGUUUCAGGAUGCCAUUGAGGGGGAUACCAUGCAGCUGUUUGACUGGACACGUAAGAUCGUCAUUAGGGCUAGUCCCGAUGACAUCUACGGCGCAGAGAAAAACCCAUAUCAAGACGACUUAGUAUAUAAUGGGUUCUGGCCUUAA